AUGAAGAAAGUAGUCGAUGCCUAAUUUGCUCUCAACUCUGUUAAAAAGUUUGUUCCAUAAUUCGCCAACCUUUAGCUUAAAAACGUUUCAAUUGAAAGAAUGACAGGUAUUACAAACUAGACCUUCCGUUUCACUCAUGUUUAAGAAGAAAUAGAACCUAAGGAUGUUAUCUUUAGAGUCUUUGGCAAAACUUGCGAAGGAACAUUCAUUAAUCGUAAUGACGAAACAAUUGUUUAUUAAGCUGUUGCAGAUGUAGGUCUAGGACCUAAGAUGCUUGGUUAUGACAACGAUAUCCGUGUUGAAGAGUUCCUCUAUUCAAAUGUUUUAAAGUAGGAAUAAAUGAAUACUCCUUUAUACCGUCGUAAAGUAGCCAUAACUUUAGCUGAAUUCCACUAGAUUGAAAUCAAGUAAAUUACUCGUUAACCCAUGCUUAAAUAAGUCUACACAGACCCAAGCAUUAUUGGAGCAGUUGAAGAUAAGAUCAACAAAACUGAGCUCUUCACUUAAGAAGAAUUAGGAUUGAUUGAAGAAAUGCGUAGAGUUUGGUUCUCUCGUUCUGAGCACGAUUUAAUUUUGAGCUUCUUCCCCGAAGACAAUAACCAAGAAUAAAUUCUUUUCUGCCAUAAUGAUCUCCUUGCUAAUAAUGUCCUCAUCUUGAAUAAUGAUAACUCUCUUCGUUUUAUUGAUUUCGAGUACAGUCAUUACAAUGUUCGUGCUUUUGAUAUUGGUAACUACUUUAAUGAAUCUUAAUAUGACUAUAACGUAUCUGAAGAACCUUACUUUAAAGUUGCCAAAGAGCCUAUAACACAAUAGGAUUACUAAGACUUCAUUAAUCAUUACAUUUUAGGAUACCUCUUAAGUAAAAAUAAAAUACCUUUCAACAAGCACUAACUUGCAACUGAUGAGGAAUAUUUCAAGCAAUUGCUCACUUAAGUCGAUAAUGAAUAGUAUCUUAAGCAAACUAAAUCAAUUCUUGAAUAAGAACUCUUACUCGGAGUUUGCCUUUCCCACUUUUACUGGGGCAUAUGGGCACUCCACAUGAGCAAAGACCCUAACAUUUGUUUCGAUUAUGUAAAAUUCUCAUAUUCAAGAUUCUAAAAAUAUUAAGAAGCAAAGAAAAAAUUAAUUGAAGCCCGUGAAAAUAAUAAAGUAGUUGAAGCUAAGUGA